CAGGCCUGGGACUUACAUACUUAGACGACCUCUGUUGAAUCAUGACCUACUGUCCUACCACGAGCGGUUCCUCUCCUUCAGGGACGACUUUACUGCGCUGUGCGUCGCUCGACAUCGACGGGCGUCACAAAUGUUUGGUCUCGCCGACGCACUGUAUUCCUUCUAUUAUUAUAACUGGUUCUUCGACCUACAGUUUGUAGGUGACAUCGAGAGUUUAGAUGAGGAGUGGCAGAGGGAGGACAGAAGCAACGCCAUGGUCUCCGUGGACACUGACUGCGUGCAGCUGUUGGCGAACGCCCUCGACCACCCCACGUGUCCGCUGGAAGACCUGCCACCGGAAACCAAAAACCUGCGCGAGCGGUGCCGCGUGCAGCUGUGGGACGACGUGGUGCAGAGGUCGCCCCACAUACCCGUCACCAGCUACCUGGCCUACACGCAGAGGGCAAACGUCAACCUCUGCCUGGUGGCCUGGAUGACAGCCAACUCGUUCGGCGAGGACACGAGGCAACUCGGACCGCCGAGUCGCUCGCAGCUGGUCGCCCCGCCUGCGCAGCCGCAGCAGCCUGACAGCCCGGGGAGUGGUGGGGCGGGCAGCUGGCGGCGGCGGCGGCGGCUGCGAGUGCGGAGGGCCUGA